AUGUUCCGCAACGCUCUCGCUCCCCUCGCCAGGCAGGCCGCCGUCUCCACCUCGCGCAGCGCCGCCUUCUCUUCGGUCGCACGCCCCGCCGUCGCCAACGUCGCACGCUCGCAAUCCGCAUUCGGUGCGCCCGUUCAGCGACGUGGUUACCACGAAAAGGUCAUCGACCACUAUGAGAACCCCCGCAACGUCGGCUCUUUCCUCAAGACCGAGAAGAACGUCGGUAUCGGCCUCGUCGGUGCACCGGCAUGUGGAGAUGUGAUGAAGCUGUCCAUCAAGGUCAACGAGGACGGCAUCAUCGAGGAUGUCCGCUUCAAGACCUUCGGCUGCGGUUCUGCCAUCGCCUCGUCCUCCUACAUGACCGAGCGCGUCAAGGGUCUCUCGCUCGAGGAGGCCGGCAAGAUCAAGAACACCGAGAUCGCACAGGAGCUCUGCCUGCCGCCCGUCAAGCUGCACUGCUCCAUGCUGGCGGAGGACGCCAUCAAGUCGGCCAUCAAGAACUACAGGUCGAAGCGCGAGGCUACGGGCAACAAGAAGCAGGGCCACAUCGAGGUCACCCAGGACGUCGCCACCGGUAGCACCACCGCCACCGCCCACGUCGGCUCGGGCACCGUCUAA